AUGGGACCAAACGCUCAACAACUCGCUGCGCGUCACGUUGUCCCGAAAGACCUUCCACCCUUCGGCGGGAAUCCCGCUGAAUGGCCGUUGUUCUGGAGCAGCUAUGAAACCUCGUCGCAAAUGUGUGGGUACUCGUCGGCCGAAAAUCUGCUGAGGCUACAGCGAUGCUUAAAAGGGGAUGCCAGAAAAGCGGUUAGCAGUUUCUUGCUGCAUCCGUCCAAUGUCGGAGAAAUCAUGUCAACGCUUCGCACUUUGUAUGGCCGCCCGGAUGCCAUCAUCGGCUCGCUGUUGAAUGACGUCAGGAACACUCCAGCUCCGAAGCCGGAGAAGCUGGAGACUUUGGUAAACUUCGGACUAGUGGUGCGCAUCCUCUGCGCACACCUGAUAUCGGCAGGACAGCAAACGCAUUUGGCCAACCCCAUCCUUCUCCAGGAACUUGUGGACAAGUUACCAGCCAAUGUCAAGCUUGGGUGGGCAUUGCAUAAACAAACAGUGGUGGAUGCAGACCUUCGAAGCUUUUCGGACUACAUGAGUGUUAUGAUCAAUGCUGCAAGUAGUGUCACUAGUGGAUUUGGGGAAUCUUCCAAGCCGGAACGACAGAAAGGAAAGGCGUUCGUCAACGCGGUUCGUGCAGAGAUCGAUACCAACAGUAACCCUGGAAGCAGCAGUAAGAAGAUCAGUGGUGGGAGGAAUAUGGACAAUUCGCAGACAUCGGGAGGUAUCAAGGUGCGGUAUGCCGAGUAG